UUGUAGAAUUAUCCAUUUCCCAUGACUUGCCAUUCUUCGUUUACAGCCUCUGCAACAAAAACGAAAUUUGAUGGCGGGACUGCUCUUUCUCUCUCUCCUCCUUCACACCAGAGCCGCCAACUGUACUACAUUCCGUCGGGGUGCCUGAUCCCGCCAGCACCAGCGCCCCUGUCCACCAGCUCGGCUAGUUUCCUCGAGCGAUCGAAUUAUUCGGUGAAGCCUACAUUGCGGAUGAGGACGACGCUCAAGUGGGAGAUGUAGGCACGGGAGAGGCCACCAGGCAAUGAAAUUUGAAGAUUUAAAGGAACUUGGAAGUGAGGCAGCUAUAAAGUGACAGACUCAUCUGCAAAGAGCGGUCGUAUGAUGUUGUGGAGUUGAUUCCAAAGAAAGCAAUUGGACUGUGAAGGUGCAUUGUCAUAUGGAAUGUUAUUAAGGUCCUAAUGAUUAUAAAAGGUUUGUUCAGGAGAUAUGAAAGAUGGAAUCCUGUGCAUCCAACAUCUGGUGCCUUUUGGGGCAUGGGAAUAGGCAUUGGUUGUGGUAUUGGAUGGGGCCCUGGUUUUGGCCCUGAGGUAAUUGGUUAUGUUGGAGCUGGCUGUGGAGUUGGAUUUAAUGUGGGCAUUACACUGGCUGGUUUUGGCAUUGGUCUACCUGCAAAUUUCAUCUACAAAGUUCCUUGUGAUGCAAUUAUGGCUACAAGAAGUGGCGCACUGGAGUUGGCCCGUUCUAGUGGUCUUCUUUCCAAAAAAGAUGUUGCAGGGGAUGGCUGGAAUAACAUUGCACCUCUUGUCUCUAAUCUGCAAAGAGAAGCCUAUACAAGAUUCUCUAGCUUUAAGCAAAACCAUUUCCCGGGCAAAGAGGUUGACUUAUUUGGCAGAAAGAGCAUGGCACCAGUCUUUACUAGGUCUAUCUGUGAAAGUUUAGGAAGGUUUUGUAGCUUCUUCCGCCCUCACAAAGGUUUGAAAGAUGAUUAGUGCCUUGCAAAGCCCAAGUCAUGUAGCUUAUACACUGUAAAAAUUGAGAUCCGUUGUCAGUUCUACUUCUGGAUUCUUCCUCUAGAAGGUAGUAAAGGGGUGAAAAACUAUGAUUUAUUAUCACCCCUUAGUUAUUAUUCUCAAGCUCUAGAUGUCCCUGUGACAGCAUAAACUGUUCCCCCCCCCUUUGGUUGUUCCCCUAAGUUUUAGAAGAAUAUAGGAAAGGAUAUAUAAAAAGUAAGAAAAAAAUUUCUCAUGCUUUUCUGCCCCUUGAGUUGCACGAUAUCAUCAGCCAUGGCCUUGAGAACAAGACUUCUUCCCCAUGCUUUUCUACCCCUUGGGUUGUACGAUAUCACCAAUCAUAGCCCUGAGACAGAAGAAUAAUGAAAAAUGAUGUUUAUGAUCAAUUCUGAAAGAGUCAAUUAGAAAAUAUGAAAAAAUGGAUAUGAGUGUGUGGAUUUGAAUGCUUCAUUCAGAAAGAACAAUUGUGGUAGUACCAUGUCAGUAAUUUGGAACUUCAGUGAGUCAUGAACUGCUCGUGAUGUAUAAUAAUUUAAAUUCUAGUUGGUUGGAGAGAUACAAUCAUAUUUCGACUUUUUUUAUUUAAAUUAUUAUUUUAUAUUAAUGA